CUUGACACUCUACUUUAUUUAUAUUAGUCUAAUUAUUAUUUUGGACAGUAUUUCCUGAGCAGGGUGUCCACAUGGAAAUUAAUGGAAGUACACAAGUUUACAAACAAAACUCAUCAAAAAAGAUCUACCCUCUUAAGUCCUGGACCCAAUGCAUAACACACCCUUCUGUUUUUUGUAAUAUCUUAUUUUAUUUCUUUUUUGUUCCAGAUGUUUUUGGGGUGUCCGCCCCACCUGAGGUCAACUACCAAAAUCCUGUAAUGUUUGCCUUCUUGACUGAUUUUACAAGAGAGAGCCAAAUGGUGUGCUUCUGGGUCUUUGGUGAUGGACAACAUCUGUUUACAACUGCACAAGAUUUAAAACAGGGGGUGUCACACCUAUAUGAUUUUCCUGGUCAUUAUUCGAUUUUAACGACUUGUCAGACUUCACGCGGCUUCAUCCACCAACGCACUCAAGUGGACGCCAUUCACAUUAUAGACUCAAUCCAAUGUGUGAUAACAGACGCGAGCGCAACGGAGAAGGAGUUCUAUCAACAUGGUACAGAUAUCGUUAUCCACUACCAACAUGAGUACACAACAGAUCUUCAGUAUACUUUACUCAUCAAUGAUGUGAUAGUCUACGAAGCCAGAGCAGCGACGCCAAAUCCGCCGACAAAUCUCGUUGAGGAUAGUUUGAUCAUAACUGAUCAGGCAGACAAGCUUCAAGCUGGUCGUCACAAUCUAACGCUGCGCGUGACAAACGACCGUGUCAACGUCUGUUGCGAUGAGUUGGUAACAUUGAUGACCAUAGUUUCAGAAGUCAGCUUGUCUGCGAGUCAGAGUGCUGUGCUUCCCGCUAGUGAAGUCGUGCUUGAAGUAACGGCCGAGUCAGGCUAUCCUGCAAUGAUUAAUUGGACAAUGAAGAAAGAACGCAAUGAAACUUUUGUGUGGAGUUUGGUGAAAGAGCGCAGUGGAAGAACAGCAUUGGAUGUUGACCAGAUAACAGUCUUCUUGCAAGAUGUUGGAAGUUAUCAAGUCACAGCCCGGAUCUACAACAAUCUAUCCUCAGUGGAGGACACCAUUCAGAUUAAGACCCAGUUGCCCGUCACAUCAGUUAUACUGACGUCAAAUAGUCCAGUCAACUUUGAUGCAGAAAAUACUAUUCAGUUCUCGGCACAGAUACUGGAUUCUCCUCUCCCGAAAAGUCUGAAAUACUUCAUUGAAUUUGGAGAUGGUCAUCAUGGUGAAGAUUAUCAGUAUGGUACUCAGUCUGACGAUCUGAUAACAACCUCGCACACCUACACUUCACCAAAUGUCUACAAUGCCAGGAUAACCGUCUACAACGACCUCAGCUCGGUCACGAAUGAAACAACAGUGGCUGUGUUGGUGCCUAUAACCUAUCUGGCAAUCGGUCUGAGUCAUAACAGUGGUGUCUACUUUCCAAGCAUUGACAAUGACUGGUUUUGGCAGGAACCACCAUUUUCUUAUCCAGUUGUGGUCGAAAAUGAAUAUGCAUUGGAGGUGAGAGGCACUGGUAUCCCGCAGCAUGUAAUCUGGACCAUGGCAAACAACGGUGACCGGUACCAACGCAACACCACAGGUCCAGUUCUAUACUAUCAGUUUCCGACCAACGGGACGUUUUUGAUUUCAGCAUCUGCCAGUAAUGUGUACUCUCAUUACACAACACAAGAGGAAACUAUAACUGCCCUUAAUGCUAUUGUCGGCCAAUACCUGAUCAGUAACAGCCCUGGAGUUGAAGGGGAGGUCACGACCUUUGUGGUGAUUGUACAGAAACUUGGGUUGAAUCCAACGUUCAGCAUCGACUAUGGCGAUGGGCUCUCUGAAGCCAUACCUGAACCUCGACGAGACGACACUGUGAUGAGAUUCAUCCCAAGUAACCUAGCUUUACCGGCUGACCCACUGAAGUCCUACGUCGCCAUCCUCAACCACACCUAUGCCGCAGAAGGGGUCUACGCCCCAAGACUCACAGGCUCCAAUGCAGCCAUGGAAUGGGUCUCCAUAACUUACGUCCAUAUCGAAAACAACAUUCACCCAUGUAAGAUACCAGACAUUCACAUUCAAGACGGUGGGAGUAACUACUACCAGGCCAAGAAGUACAGCCCUAGCCAAGCAUUGAUUUUCGGGGCGACGGUUAGCAUCGACUGCUGGAGAGCUAAGAGAACCAGCUUCCAAUGGUCGAUGUAUAAGAUAGAGAGUCUAUUCACCGUACCUAGCUCCUCCAAUCAGGUCAUUCUACCGCCUGGCAUCAGAACAAACGCAGCUGAUGUUUAUAUCCCGCAGUAUACACUUGGUUACGGCAUGUACAUCGUUCGUUUGACUGUUACCGUUGUGAUGAAGGAUGAAGGAGACGCUAGUAGUGAGAGUACUACACAUAGUUACAUUGAGGUCGUCGCGUCUGAUCUCGUGGCUAGAAUCAGAGGAGGGUCAUCAUUGGCGGUUGGCUGGCAUUCUAAUAUAACCCUUGAUGCCUCGGACUCUUACGAUCCUGAUGUGAUACUUGGAGAGUCACAUGCUGAUCUGAUAUAUACCUGGUACUGCCGCCAGGAAAAUACAUCCUUCCCUGCUAACAUGACUGAUAGUCCUAAUCUACAAACAACAGGUGGCUGCUUUGGGACAGGCUUCCUGCUUUCUAAUGAUAGUGUCAGGUCACUAACCAUCUCAGCCCAGACUCUUGCAGGGAACCAAAGCUACGUCUUCCUCUUGAUGUUGUCAAAGUCUGAUCGUGAAAGCAGAAGUGCAGAGCAGAGAAUUACAAUUCUACCGGGUGACCCACCAACUCUUGUUCUGAGGUGUCUGAUGAACUGCGGAUCGCAACUCAACCCAUCGGCCCGGCUGGUCCUGUCAGGGAAAUGCACUGACUGCACAGCCACAACACAGCCCAGCUUUGAGUGGACACUACUACCAGGAAAUACAUCGAAUACGAGGCAGACACUGGAUUGGUCUAAAGACACAACCACAGGACGGUAUUACCCGUACCUUGCCAUCCAAGCAGGAGUAUUUGCUGGAUCUCAUGACGAGACCUACAUAUUGCGUCAACAAAUCUCAAGCAAGAGCGGUUCCACAAACUUUGCCGAGUACACCUUCAGGACCAACUCCCCACCAACCCUCGGCCACUGCUCUAUCACUCCAUCUGAGGGGGUGGUCCUGGUCACUCAGUUCUCCAUUGAGUGUUCAGGCUUCGAGGACAUCCAUACACCACUGACCUACACGGCAAAUGCUGUCACCGGAGCAGAGAGGUCGGCUGGGGUUAGCUCACUCAGCGACUCAUCUCAACAAGGUAGCUUUCUUUUUUAUGGAGUAGAUCCAAAUAUCCCUGCAACUUUCCUUCCACUUGGUUUGUCCAGUCGUGACUUCAGAGUAGAGAUCAAAAUACACGUCACUGACUCACUGGGUUCUAGUGUACAGACGUCCCUCUUUGCCGUGGUCAGGGAAUCUGAGGAGGAAGUGGACAUCGAGGAGCUCGCUCUUCAACUGACCUCGGAUGAAGAUUCGCAGUUGAAUCAACUACUAGAUGAAGGUAACUACCAAUCAGCUACACAAGUCAUCAACACUGUCAGCUCUAUGCUGAAUGUGGAGGCAGAGAAGGAUGGGGAUGAUGAGGGAACCAUGGUUGAGAAGAAACAACAGCGAGUGGAGGCAAGAGAGUCUCUGCUCAACAUGCUCAGCCAGGUUGAAGUCAAUAGCCUGGAAUCCAUACAGUUGACAUCAUCGGCUAUUUCCCAGAUUACUAGCGAGGUAGAGGAGAUAUCCCCACAAGCUCAGGUGUCGACCACCAAGGCAAUCCAGAGCAUGAGUACCAUCUUAAAGCAGCAGUCUGAUAUGGGAGUUGGCGGAGAGGCAGUUGAAGGAGCAGCUAAGUUUAUUGUGUCUGGAUUGUCAAAUGUCAUGAGUUCUACAGCCAUCACCCAGGAUCAAAACACCUCAGAAAGUUCACAGUUAUCAGAGCAAGAAUUGGAAACUAAACAGCAGGCUCGUAACAUCACCUUGGCAUCUCUCCACGCUCUUGACGAUGUCCAGGCUGCUAUUUUCUUAAACAAAGUACCGGGUGAGCAGCCGACCGUUCUCCAGACAGAGUCCCUCUCCAUCAUCCUACAGCGACAGGAGAAACACGAUUUGGAUGGUUUGAUGCUCCAGACAGAAAACUCUGAUGUGAUUUUCAAGUUGCCAGUGGGAUUGAGCACAGCAAUUGAUCAGCAUGGGGCGUCAUCAUAUGAUGAAGUCGUUGAUACAAAGAUCCAUCAUUUUCAACACAACCCUUUUACAUGGUCGGAGAGCAGCAACAGAGUGACAAGUCAUGUGACCAGCCUCAAGCUUGGACAUGGCACUGACCAAUCAGACAUCGCCGUUCAGACCCUACCUGAGGCCGUUGAAAUGAUGGUGAUAAACGGCGAUGACAUAAAACCUACGCUUCUCCGUGCGUCUUUCAACCAGCUGACCAAUCAGCUCCUCUACUCUUUAAAUGUGACCAAUGAAAAUUCUUCCGCCAUCAUCACAGUUGCAUUCAACCAAUCGUUGGACUCAAUCGAAGCACGGACUUUAAAUUUAAGCCUGUACUAUGAUUCUCCACCAAACAACACAAACACACCAUUCGACGCAUCAACAAUUCUGCCUUCAAAUCCAGUGGAAAACCAACUGAAUUGGAAUACAACCAAUAUGACCUUUGACCCUUAUAUUUGGGUCAUACCAAGUGAGAAGAUCUCUGAAACAGGGGCAUAUUUUGUGACGGUGGACGGAGGGGAUGGUGUCGAUGUAAGGAAUCUACAUCUCUUGGUGUAUGCGUUUGGUUCCCAAUGUCUGUACUGGGAUGAGGCUACAGAAGAAUGGCUAGGCGACGGUUGUAAGGUUGGACCCUUAACAUCCACAGCCAAGACUCACUGUCUGUGCAGUCAUCUUACAUCCUUCGCGUCAAGUUUCUUAGUCAUGCCCAAUGCUGUGGAUCUGACAGACUUCAGUCUCUUCGCAAAUGUGGCUGAGAAUCCAAUAACUGUCAUAACUGUUGCUGUGGUGUUUGUUAUCUUUGGUCUCGGCGCUGUGUGGGCGCACAGGAGGGACCGUUUGGAGAAAGAGAAGGCUCGCCUUAUAGUCCUUGAAGAUAAUGAACCACUGGCAACUUACGGAUAUCAUGUGACGGUCUUUACCGGAAUGCGUCGAGGAGCUGGCACGACGGCUUCAGUGACUCUCACCCUACAAGGCAUCGUGGACGAUAGCGAGCGUCAUGUACUGGCCACAGACGACAAGGAGAGCCCAGUGCUGCAGAGAGGCGGGAUCGAUUCCUUCCUGCUGAUGACUAAAGAGUCACUUGGGAUACUACGGUCGGUCAGGGUGUGGCAUGAUAACGCGGGCAGUAGUCCUGAUUGGUAUCUCAGCCGAAUCUUGGUCCACGAUUUAGAGAAAGACCGCUGGUGGUACUUCCUCGCCCAUACCUGGAUCGCCGUCGAUGCAUCCAACGGCGAAAUCGACAAGACUUUCAAAGUGGCGGCCCCUGAUGACCUGAAGGGUUUCCACUACCUCUUCUUCACCAAGAGCGCCCGCGACAUGAAGGACAACCAUCUGUGGUUCUCUGUGCUGUCCAGACCACCACGGAGCUCCUUCACGCGGCUCCAACGUCUCGCCUGUUGCUGGUCGCUCCUCAUGUCGACGAUGCUCAUGAACAUCAUGUUCUUCAAGGCUGAAGAAGGAAUAGAGGAUACCACCGUUAACUUCGGGGUGAUGAGUAUUUCGAUGAACACAGUUUUGAUCACAGUUGAGAGCUGCCUGUUAGCCUUUCCAAUCAACUUUGUCAUUGUGCAGAUCUUCAGGAACACUCGGCCGAGGAGUAAAGAAGAGGUUGAGAUUGUGGCCAUGAAUGAGGAAGAUGAGACUGUGGUUCAUGUGGAUUCAACUGGCUUUCACGAACGUUCGAGUCAAGCUGAACAACCAUCUUCCAAAGUUGAGGAAGCCGAAAAGAAUUCCCAGCUUCAAGCUGCUCCCUUGGAUAUACCUGAUACUCCUUCAAUUUCACCGAGCUCAAAUAUUGGCUAUUCACUUGCUCCCGAGUCUCCUUCUGAGUUGACGAUAACCUUAAAUCCUGGACGUGGUGACAACAACUCGGCCAUGAGUCAUAACACCCUUCCAGAAAGGGAGCUCUUUGCUGGUGAUAAAGCGUAUGAAGAGUACAUUGACAUGCAUGCAGAGUAUGUCUAUCUGCGCAGUACAUGCACCAACUUCAAAAACACAAGUCAUGAGUCUUCUCAAACAUCAGCCAACAACAAUAAUCCCCCCGAACGAAUACAGAAGACAAGGACGAUUGAAGUUCCCGUCGUUCAAGAAAGUGUUCCAAAGCAAGAGCAUUUCAGACUUGAGUUGUUGCCAGAAUGCGACCAGGGCAUUCUGUCACACUACAUAACGGAACUUACUCCAGAACCGUCCAGGAACCAGAACACAAACAGAAACUUCAGUGCAUCCAGCGAAGCAUCAUUCCCAAGACAACAAUCCUCUCCAUCCAACAUGAGCAGCCACGUCACCAGCAGCAUCAGUAUCUCAAUCUCAUCGCCCAGUUCAAACGAAUCCGCCACCUACACAAACUACCAGAAGUACCUGAGCACUCGUUUAGGCCUGCUGUACGAACAGCUGCACAAUCCCAAUCCGAAUCUAUUCAAGAGUGAAGAGGACCGCAGGAGGGCGUUGAGGAAGUUCAAAUUGGUCUUGUCUCUCCACGGUUGGGAGGAAGAGAGAGACGGUUCAAGUUCCGAGGAGGAGGAGCCUACGGAUGAAGUACAGAGGCUGUUUGUGGUGAAAGGUCGCCUCCCCUGGUGGUGCACCUACGUAGGAUGGUUUCUUGCCGUGUUUUCGAGUCUCUUCGCCGCUUACCUGAUCAUUCUCUACGGCCUGACCUUCGGGAAGGCGAAGUCUAUCGAGUGGGUGAUUGCUAUGUUCAUGUCAAUGUUUCAGAGCAUCUUUGUCAUUCAACCGUUUAAUGUCAUUGCUAUAGCAGCUUUCUACGCUAUCGUCAUCAAGAGUUCUGAAUAUGACGACAUCGGGGCCAGGUUCUUCAGGCAGAUGAAGAGUUACACAGGCAAUCAACAAGCAAGCAAGACUAACGUUGACACCAAAAGUUUCCACGCCAACAGACAGCGAGACUCUCACUUCUACUGCCCGCCCACCGAGAGUGCCGUGGAGCUGGCGAGAGAGAGGAAACAAAUGGAUAGUAAGAUGUACUCCGUCGUCAAGUCUUUACUUGGUCAGUUGCUCUUCAUCUGGCUGGUGGUUCAAGUCAGUAACGGUCAGCGUGACCCAAACAGUAUUUACCUUCACCAGGCAAUCACAAACAGCUUUACGUCUGAAGUGAACAAGGUGAUAAAUAUGGCCGAUGUGUACCACUGGAUGAAGCUGGAAUUUAUCCCAGCAUUGUAUGGGGACGAUGAUUCAACACUGGCGGACUCUUUUUUGGUUGGAAGCCCACGACUUCGUCAGCUCAGAGUCAAACAAGGUGUCUUAUAUCGCUGCGUCGAUCCAGAGGCUUACUUCGGUUUGAGACCAGAAUGCCACGCUAUCCCUAGUUGGAUGCUAGAUACAGAAUCCUACAGCACAUCCUGGGCACAGCAACUAUCACCAACAACCACGUCUCAGUCAUCCAGCCCAUGGGUCUACCAAACCCAGCAACAAGCUCGUGGAAAUUUCAUCCUGACUGAUCCAGGUCGAUACCACCGCGGGGGAUUCACUGCCAAUCUUGGAAUGACGCGAGAAGCUACCGAGAAUGUACUGGCCAUACUACAAGAUGCAUUAUGGAUCGAUCAAUACACGCAGGCUGUAAUCGCAGAGUGGGUGAUGUACAACGCCAAUGUGAAUCUGUUCAGUGUUAAUACCGUCAUCUUCCGCGCGGAGGGAACGACUAAGGUUGUGGCCGCGGAGGACUUUGUCAUACUUCGGAUUUAUCGGUACACAAACAGCUUUGAUAAGUUUGUGUUGACUCUUGAGGUGAUUUAUAUCCUGGUCGUACUGAUAAUUCUUGUCAAGGAGAUCAAGAAGUGGAGAAGAAAACGUGCGGACUACUGGGUGUUCUGGAACUACUUGACGAUAGUAAUCAUCUUGCUUUCUGUUGUCGCAACAGCGACUUAUAUAUGGGAGUAUGUACUAGCAGCAGAGAGGUUGGCGCUCCAUAAAACCAACCGUGAGAUGUACAUGAGCUUCGCUGAUAUCGUCUUCUUGGACUAUAUUCUCAUCCUGAGUCUGGGUGGUAUAGCCUUCUGCAGCAUCCUCAAGUGUCUCAAGAUCCUUCAUUUCAACAACAGCAUCUUCCUGAUCCAGAACACCAUCGGAAUCCUCUCCGAGAAGAUCGCGUCUGUCAUCUUCUUACUUUUCUUCGCCAUAACCGCAUUUGCGUUCUUCGGCCACAUCGCCUUCGGUAGUCACUUCCAGGAUUUCUCAGGGUUCGUCAUGUCUGUCGAGAGUGUCUUCGUCCUCAUCUUGCGGAAGUAUGAUAAGAUGCUGGAGGUGAUUGAAGAGUUUGGGGUCCAGGCCUACUUCCUGUUUGCCGCAGGAAACUUCCUUCUUGUCGCGGUCGUGAUGAAUGUCUUCAUUGCUCUGAUCUUGGAUUCCUUCUCCAAGUCCAAGAGGAAGUUUGUUAGAUACAAAGACCAUAGUGUGUUGAAAAUGCUUUGUGGGUGGCUUCUCUCGGCUUUUUCGAUUCAGGAACAGCCGGUGAGACUUCACAAACACAACAGCCUCCAAUAACUAAGCACAUCGAAG